AUGGCAUCGAUACAUCAGCAGCAGCAGCAGCAGCAGCAUUUGCUGCAGCCCCUACACCCCGGACAACGGCACCCUCUACAGCAGCAGCAGCAACAGCAGCAACAGCAGCCGCAGCAACAGCAACAACAGCAGCAGCAGCAACAGCAACAGCAACAGCAACAACAGCAACAGCAGCACCAACAGCAACAGCAACAGCAGCAACAGCAGCAGUACCAACAGCAACAGCAGCAACAACAGCAAAAGCAGCACCAACAGCAACAGCAACAGCAGCAACAGCAGCAGCACUAA